AUAUGAGUUUAGAAUUAAGUAAUAAUGAUGAAGAUAGCGACAAUGAGGAUGAUUUAGAAAAUGAUGAUAACACUUAUUCACAAGCCCCUUCAUCACCACCUGAUCUUGAUCAAAUAGAAAAGCAAUUUAAAAUUGCUAUUUAUGAUUCUUUGAAUAAAUAUUGGUAUGAUUUUCGUGAAGUUGGAUUGGUAGCUACCCUUUUAGACCUCCGGACCAAAAGAAUAUCUGCAUUUACAAACAGAGAAAGAGAAAAGGCUGAAACAAAAUUAAGAAAUGAAUUUAAGAAUUUACAAUGUAUUAAUAAUAUUAGCAAUGAUCAACCAGUGCAACAAACAUUGUCAACAGUUACUGAAAUAAUGCAAAAUCUAUUUUUUGAAAGUAUUUUUGGAGUACAGGGUCAAGAAGAUAUACUUUUGGAUAAGGUGGCACGAUAUCUGAAGAUUACCUCUAUUAAUAAUUAUAAU